CCUUAGACUCAAGAGUCAUAAUUUUCCGUCUCUCUAUCUCCCUUAUUUGUUUCGUUCAUUCCUCUUCCGUUUAAUUCUCUCUCUAAACCAGAUUAUAUACAGAGAGUAGAACAAACAGGAAAGACCAAACCUCGCUCAAACCCAGAAAACCAAACUCAAAUUCAUAGCCAUGGUUUCCACUAGACGAAGCAGUGGAUCUAUGUCUUCUAACAACAAUACAACCACCAACAAUAAUAGUACAAGUAGUACUAGCAAUAACGAUGGCACCAAGAUUAAUGGCGGUGCUUCUAAUUCCAAAAAGUCUUCUGCUUCUGCCGAUGAUAAUCACCUUAAACCUCCUUCGCCUAAACGUCUAAAGGUUGAAAAUGAGGUUGCAUCGGAGAAAUCUACUGGAAUUCCGGGAAAUUCUAAGGAAAUGUGUAGUUUGGGGGGUGUAGAUCCCGUUGAAUGUGAAGCUGUGAGUCAUAGCGGUGGUGCUGAGGAUGUUAAUUCCGUUAAACCCGAGGCUGCUACUGCUCCUAUUUCGUCUUCCCCGAUAGUUCCAGAAGGGAAUUCGCCAGUUGUGGUGGAACACGCCAAGAACUCAUUUUCACCAGCCAGAAACUUUCAAAAACAAAUCUUGGGUUAUGAAACUUCUGCUACUCCUUGGUGUAGAUUAUUGUCAGAGUAUCAACAGACUCCGACCGUAAAUAUAUCAGCUUCUGUUUUCACUAUUGGUUCAAGCAGACAAUGCAAUUUACCUCUGAAAGAUCAAUCGGCUAGUGGGAUCAUAUGCAAGAUAAAACAUACUCAGCGUGAAGGCUGCAUGAUUGCUGUUCUUGAAAGCACAGGGAGCAAAGGAGCUGUUUUUGUAAAUGGGAUUAAUGUUAAGAAGAAUACCAGCCGUCUUUUGCAUUCUGGGGACGAAGUCGUUUUCGGAGUUGCUGGAAGUCAUGCUUAUAUUUUCCAGCAACUUGUGAUGGAUGUUGCUGUGAAGGCACCUUUGUCAAUGGGAAAUGUGGAGGUUCAAGGUGCUGUUGGGAAGUAUUUUCCAGUAGAGAAAAGAUCAGGAGAUCCUUCUGCAGUGGCUGGGGCUUCUAUAUUGGCAUCUCUCUCAAAUCUGAGACCUAAUCUGACAUGGAGGCCUUCUGGUCUGAGCACUCCUAAGCCACACCAAGAAAGUGAGCUUUCUACUCAUGCAGUUAUACAGGAUGGAUCAGAGGCCGAGUUUGAUAGUAUGGAAGGAAAUUCCACUCAGAAUAUGGACUGUGAUAAUGCCACAAACAUUGUUGGGACUAGCAAGAACCUCCCUAUUGACCGUAAAACAGAUGGCUUAGAGAGAGGCAAUGUACUAGAAGAAAAAAAUGAUUGCACAAGGAGUUCACAGCCGGCAUCGACAUCUGGUAUAUCUCCCAGAUGUGCGGCCUUCAAAGAAGAUGUUUUGGCAGGAAUUAUUGAUGGCAAUGGGGUUAACGUUUCAUUUGAUGACUUCCCUUAUUAUUUGAGUGAAAACACAAAAAAUGUGUUAAUUUCUGCGUCCUACAUACAUUUGAAGCACAAAGAGCAUGCAAAAUAUACAUCUGAGCUGCCUACUGUUAAUCCAAGAAUUUUACUCUCAGGCCCAGCUGGUUCGGAGAUUUAUCAAGAGAUGCUGGCAAAAGCAUUAGCUAAACACUUUGGGGCUAAACUCCUUGUAUUUGAUAGCCACGCCUUAUUGGGUGCUUUGUCAAUAAAGGAUGCAGAGCUUCUAAAGGAUGGUCAUAAUACUGAGAAAACACCUAACUCCAUGAAGAAAACCCCAGGUUCAGUGGAACUGGAUAAGUGUCCAGAUCCUGCUGGUGAAGUAGAUGCUCAGCCCAAGCUGGAACUCACACCAUUUGUUUCUUUCUCAUCUAAAAAUUACACAUUUAAAUCAGGCGACAGAGUGAGAUACAUAGGUUCGGGUUCCACUGGUAUAUAUACCGCAACAUCUUCACGGGGUCCAACUUUUGGAAUGCGUGGCAGGGUUGUUUUACCUUUUGAAGAUAAUCCACUUUCAAAAAUUGGUGUGAGAUUUGACAAAUCAGUGCCUUCAGGUGUUGACCUUGGUGGCAUGUGUGAAUUCGAUCAUGGAUUCUUUUGCAAUGUCCAUGAUCUCCGCCUGGAGAACCCUGGUGUAGAAGACUUGGACAAAUUACUGAUCAAUACACUAUUUGAGGUCAUAACAAAUGAGAGCAGAAGCUCCCCUUUCAUUUUAUUCAUCAAAGAUGCGGAGAAGUCUCUUGUUGGUAACUCAGAAUCUUAUUCAACCUUCAAAAGUAGGCUGGAGAAGCUUCCUGAUAAUGUUGUUGUAAUUGGGUCACAAGUUCAAAAUGAUAACCGUAAAGAGAAGGCACAUCCUGGUGGUUUAUUUUUCACAAAGUUUGGCAGCAAUCAAACUGCUCUGUUGGACCUGGCUUUUCCAGAUAGUUUUGGCAGAUUGCAUGAUAAAGGGAAAGAUGUUUCGCGAGCAACAAAGGCUCUAACAAAGCUUUUCCCGAACAAGGUUACAAUUCAUAUGCCUCAGGAUGAGGAUCUUCUUGCUAGCUGGAAAAAUCAAUUAGAACGGGAUUCUGAAACUCUUAAAAUGAAGAGUAAUUUGGGUCACCUGCGCACUGUUUUGAGUCGUAGUGGCUUGGAAUGUGAUGGACUGGAGACACUGUGUGUCAAGGAUCUCACACUUUCCAAUGAUAGUGCAGAGAAGGUGGUUGGAUGGGCUCUAAGCUAUUUUUUGAUGCAGAGUCCUCAAUCUGAGUCUGAUGCAAGGCUUGUUUUGUCUGCUGAGAGCCUCAAGUACGGGAUUGGUGUACUACAGUCUAUCCAGAAUGAAUCCAAAAGCUUAAAAAAGUCUCUAAAGGAUGUAGUGACAGAAAAUGAAUUUGAGAAGCGGCUGUUGGCAGAUGUCAUUCCACCCAGUGACAUUGGAGUAACAUUUGAUGAUAUUGGAGCCCUUGAAAAUGUGAAAGACACACUGAAGGAAUUAGUAAUGCUGCCUCUACAAAGGCCUGAACUUUUUUGCAAGGGCCAAUUAACUAAGCCUUGCAAGGGUAUUCUUUUGUUUGGCCCUCCUGGUACCGGAAAGACAAUGCUUGCUAAAGCUGUUGCCACUGAAGCUGGUGCAAACUUCAUCAAUAUAUCAAUGUCAAGCAUCACUUCUAAGUGGUUUGGUGAAGGUGAAAAGUAUGUGAAGGCUGUUUUUUCACUUGCUAGUAAAAUUGCUCCAAGUGUUGUAUUUGUUGAUGAAGUUGAUAGCAUGUUAGGCCGUAGAGAAAAUCCUGGAGAACAUGAGGCUAUGCGUAAAAUGAAAAAUGAAUUCAUGGUGAAUUGGGAUGGCUUGAGGACCAAAGAUACAGAACGAGUUCUGGUGCUUGCAGCAACAAACAGACCUUUUGACCUUGAUGAAGCUGUCAUAAGGCGGCUGCCUCGUAGGCUUAUGGUUAACUUGCCCGAUGCUCCAAAUAGAGCAAAGAUAUUAAAAGUAAUAUUGGCGAAAGAGGAAUUGUCCGCCGAUUUCGACUUUGAUGCAAUUGCCAGCAUGACUGAUGGAUAUUCUGGGAGCGAUCUUAAGAAUCUUUGUGUGGCUGCUGCACAUCGUCCAAUCAGAGAAAUACUGGAGAAGGAAAAACAGGAGCGUAUAUCCGCAGUAGCAGAAAGCAGACCACUGCCACCUUUGAGUGGUAGUGCAGACAUUCGUCCUCUGAACUUGGAUGAUUUUAAACGUGCACACGAGCAGGUUUGUGCUAGUGUAUCGUCUGAAAGUGUUAAUAUGACCGAGCUUCAGCAAUGGAACGAACUUUACGGCGAGGGUGGUUCAAGGAGGAAAAAGGCACUUAGUUACUUCAUGUGAAGGAUUUUUGUGUAUACAAAGCUAAUGCAAUGUGGGAGACAUUUGGUGUCGUCUUGCGAGUCACAGCGGAGCCAUUUCGUGUUGUUUUGUGAGGCGUAGCUUCGUAUAAGUUAUUCAUAGGAUGAUUGUAUAAAGAGGGACAAUGUGUAUUUAAGUCUGCACUUUGUUUCCCUUUGUUUCAUUGAAUGGUUCCUGUGAUGUUUAGAAUCUUUUAGGACUGUAACUUACUGAGCUUGAGAAACUGAGGAAGUUCAAAUUAGAAAUCGAGUUUAUGGUUCUAAUAGCAUUAGACCACAUUUUUCAUUCUUACCUGGCCCCACCAUCUUUUUUAAUUGCAUAAAUAUUUGAUAAAUGCACAUGUCUUCUGGUUGUCACUAUAUUCUUGGUGAAUAUAUCCAUUUUCAUUUUACACAUUGUGCAAAAUAAUCAAAUAUAAUCGAUAUAGCUACUCUUGUGAGAGACCGUUUUUCGGUAAGACGUUAUUAAAUCAUCAUCAUAUUUAGUGUAUCCUGUCCAUAGAAAAACUAGAGACAAUAUUAAAUAAGGAAUUUCUAUUCUCGUAAUAUGUAUUAGUUAUUCUAUCUAACCUAUGAAUAAGACGCGUUUCUUGGUAAUCAGUCUCAAAUUGAUUUUUUGUAACAUAAUUUAUCAAUCUCUCUUUUCAA